CUCCGCGUAUUCACGAGCUCGCGAUUUUGCCUUGCCAAGUCCGUAUUCCCCAUGCUAUUGUAGAAUAGUAUGUGGGUUUUAUAUAACCGCGAAAAAAUGAUCAUUUGCCAUGUCUAGUUCCUGUUUUAGUGCUUAAGGAUUUUUUUUAACAACUUGCGAAAUACGAAUAAUUAGCAAAAUGGCAGCCAAAGUUGGUAAAAUUGCUGUACUAGGACUAACGGGCACCGCCGGAGCUGGUUUAGCCACAUACCUAUUGUUUAAAGAACAAAAUGAAAACUGGCCCUCGGUAAAUGCCCAAAAAUCCUCCCAAAGACUGAAGCGCCCGCUGCCGACGCGUAAUGAACAAAUUAAAUCCCUACAAACUGACAAGUUUGACAUUAUUGUAGUAGGAGGGGGAGCUACCGGUGCGGGAUGCGCCCUAGACGCGGUUACUAGAGGCUUAAAAACGGCCCUUAUUGAAGCUGAUGACUUUGCUAGCGGAACUAGUAGUAGGAGUACUAAGUUAAUCCAUGGAGGUGUAAGAUAUCUCCAGAAAGCCAUUAUGCAAUUAGAUUACGAGCAAUAUAGAAUGGUAAAAGAGGCACUUCACGAAAGAGCGGCAAUGCUGGAACAAGCUCCUCAUCUAGCACACCCGUUACCCAUUAUGUUGCCUGUAUAUACUUGGUGGCAAGUUCCAUACUUCUGGUUCGGCAUUAAAAUGUAUGAUUUGGUGGCAGGUGGCAAAACCUUGAAAAGUUCUUACUAUCUCUCGAAAAAGAAUGCCUUGGAACUAUUCCCCAUGCUCAAAGGAAACGCCCUUUGUGGAGGAAUCGUUUAUUAUGAUGGUCAGCAAGAUGAUGCUAGAAUGAACUUAGCUAUAGCAAUUACAGCUGCCCGAAUGGGUGCUACUGUAGCUAAUCACGUCAAAGUCACUAGUUUGCUUAAAGAAAAAAAUAGUGAAGGCAGAGAGGUGAUUUGCGGAGUUACUUGCAGGGAUGAAAUGACUGGGAAAACAUGGUCAGUACCUACCAAAUGUGUUAUUAAUGCCACCGGACCUUUCACCGAUAGUAUAAGGAAGAUGGAUAAUCCAAAAGUCAAGGAAAUCUGUUCACCUAGUAGUGGGGUGCAUAUCACUCUUCCAGGUUACUACAGUCCUGAACAAAUGGGUCUUCUAGAUCCCGCUACUAGCGAUGGAAGAGUUAUUUUCUUCCUUCCGUGGCAGAAGCAUACUAUUGCUGGUACCACUGAUCUUCCCUGUCAAGUUACUCACAAUCCCAAGCCUACUGAGGACGAAAUCAUGUUCAUUUUGGAAGAAGUCAAGAACUAUUUGAACCCUGAUGUUGAAGUUAGACGAGGUGAUGUUCUAUCAGCAUGGAGUGGCAUUAGGCCAUUAGUAUCUGAUCCAAAUAAGCCAGAUACUCAAUCUUUAGCAAGAAAUCACAUUGUCCAUGUAAGUGAUUCGAACUUAGUUACUAUUGCUGGCGGAAAGUGGACCACUUAUAGAUCCAUGGCUGAGGAAACUAUUGAUGCAGCAAUUGCUGCGUGCAAAUUGGAAGAUAUUUGCUCACAAAAGAAGUCCCAAACAGACGGUUUAUUAUUAGAAGGAGCCCACGAAUGGACUCCAACUAUGUAUAUCAGGCUAGUGCAAGAUUUUGGCUUGGAAUGCGAAGUGGCUCAACAUCUGGCUAAGAGCUAUGGAGACAGAGCUUUCGCAGUGGCUAAAAUGGCCAAUUUGACCGGCAAAAGGUGGCCUAUCAUUGGUAAAAAAAUUCAUCCAGAAUUUCCUUAUAUAGACGCAGAAGUCAGGUAUGGUUGUCGGGAAUACGCUAUGACCGCCAUAGAUAUGAUUGCUAGGAGAGUAAGAUUGGCCUUCUUAAACGUACAAGCUGCUCAAGAGGCACUUCCUGAUAUCAUUAAUAUUAUGGCUGAGGAGUUGAAUUGGUCAGAAGAUGAGAAAAAGAAACAAACAAAAUUAGCAACUGAGUUUCUACAAAAUGAGAUGGGUCAAAACGUUAACAGGGCGAGUAGGGACAAGAUUCCCAUUAACUUGAGCAAAGAAGAAAUUCAGCUUUAUAUUAAGAGGUUCCAAAUUAUUGACAAAGAUAGAAAGGGUUAUGUUUCUAUUAACGAUAUUAGACGAAGUCUUAAGGAGUUAGACGGCAAAGAAGUUCCCGGGGAGGAGUUACACGAAAUUUUAAGAGAAAUCGACACAAACAUGAACGGACAGGUGGAGCUUGAUGAGUAUUUACAGAUGAUGUCAGCGAUCAAGUCCGGUCAUGUCACAUAUUCGAGAUUUGCUAGAAUGGCAGAGCUAGAAGAACAGAAGCACGAAAGGGAAAUGUUGAAAAAGAAUAUCUCCGUCGAGAGAAGUGGUGGUGGUUUGUAAACAUAAAGUGUUUAAGUCAGUCAUUUUGUACAAAUCAUAUUAUUGUACUUAUGUAAAUAUUAAAUUAUUUAAGGUAAUAUCCAUUUUAUCGAAUAAAAUUAAUAGUUUUUGAUAACUGCAAUACACCAUAUAGGAAAUUGAUUUCAAUGGAAUUUGGAGUGUAGGAAAUUUUGUUGUUUUUAUUUGUUAUAAACAUUAUUUAUUUGGAACUUUAGGGAAUAGAUUGUGACGUAAAGAAUAAGUGGUUAAACAAUAAUAAACUGCGAUUCAACUGAAAUA